ACUACGGUGUGCCGGCACAAGCCACUUACUCAUAUCACGCGAGACGUUACAGACCGCUACGCCGCUGUACGGUCUGCUACCAGUAAACGUUACCGUCACUCGCACGACGCUGAGCGACCGACGACGACGACGACGACGACGCGAAGACACGCUCUCAAUAUCAUUGAAAGACGACAUUUUUCUUUUCUUUUUCCUUCGUCUCUGUAUGUGCCGGCCGCGUUCCGUUCGACCGCCGCGAGUGCUGCACACGAACCACCCCGCUGUCGCGAUCAAAUGACCCGACGAUAGUCGCCAUCGAUUUACCGAUACGCUCCGCAAACGGACGGUGUAUUCCACGCGCCAGUUCGUUCGUAUUAUUCACCUCCGUACAGUGCAGUGCACUUGCACGAGAUAUCGAUACCUACGCGAAAUAAUCGAUAUAUAAUAUCAUAUUAAAAUAUACGCCUCUAAUAACGCCAUCGCACCCGGAGGAUUCUUAACACAAGUCCGCAAUGCGUCCAGAAUUGCCAAUUGGAUUGAUGGAGCGACGGCCUCCGUUGGAAACCCAACAAUCAACAGUAUGGACAAGACGCCAACAAGCUGUAUGCGUAAGACGAGCUUACAAGAAAUAUGGACAGAGCUCAAAUCCACAUGUUAUACUUGAUGGGCUUAACAUGACUGUCCCAAAAGGCUGCAUAUAUGGUCUCUUGGGGGCUAGUGGAUGUGGAAAAACUACAUUGUUAAGUUGUAUAGUUGGCCGUAGAAGACUCAACGCUGGUGAAAUAUGGGUGCUAGGUGGUAAACCUGGAUCUGCUGGUAGCGGUGUUCCAGGACCUCGUAUCGGAUACAUGCCUCAGGAAAUUGCACUUUAUGGAGAGUUUACAAUCCGAGAAACUAUGCAGUUUUUUGGUAUGGUAAACGGCAUGACACCAAAACAGGUGGAUGACAAAAUAGAAUUUUUACUUAAAUUUUUACAGCUACCGUCCGCCAGUAGGCCAGUUAAGAAUUUGAGUGGUGGACAGCAACGGAGAGUUUCUUUUGCUGCGGCUUUGUUACAUAAUCCCGAGUUACUGAUUUUGGAUGAACCUACUGUUGGUGUUGAUCCAGUUCUUCGUCAAGGAAUAUGGGAUCAUUUAGUCCAUUUAACUAAGGAUGGAGGAACAACAAUUAUUGUCACCACGCAUUACAUUGACGAGACUAGACAAGCUCAUAUGAUUGGUUUAAUGAGAGGCGGUAAAUUUUUGGCUGAAGAAUCACCUACAUCGCUUUUACAAAAAUACAACUGUCAAUCGCUAGAAGACGUUUUUUUAAAGCUUAGUGUCAUUCAAAACCGUGGCAAACGGAGGCGAAGCAGCAUUUUGCAUGACAUAACAGCUGCCAUUGCUGUUCCGGAAACUUCUCCUGUGCCAGCUGUCGAAGCACUGAAUUCUAUAUGUGACAACUCGUCGGAAAUGAGUGGUGAAUUUGGAGAUAGUAUUAGUCCUGUUCCACUAAGUAAGCGAAUGUCUGUAUGUUCAAUGCAAGUCAAUAAUACGGAAAUGGAACUUCCACCGGAAGCAAAUACAAAAAUGACACUUUUCGACCGAUGCAAAUUAUAUCAGUCGCAUCACAUGCGAGCAUUGAUUUGGAAAAACUUUUUGUGGAUGUGGAGAAAUGUAGCGGUAAUGAUGUUUAUUGUGGGACUUCCAGUUGCUCAAAUCGUAUUGUUCUGUUUGUCCGUUGGAAAAGAUCCAUAUGGUUUGCAUUUGGCCGUCGUUAACCAUGAAACGAAUAACAAAACUUGCCCGCCGACCGGAUCUUGCGAAUUAACUCAACUCAGUUGUCAAUUUCUACAUCAGAUUGAACUACGCCGGCAAGUAUUAGAUUUUUUCGACGACGAAGAAUCCGCUUUUCGAGCAGUUAAACGAGGCAAGGCUUGGGGUGCUUUGUCUUUCACUUCAAACUAUUCGACGUCACUAAGACAACGUAUGGAUGAGGGACAGGCUGCAACGGAUUGGACACUAGAUGAUAGUGUUGUCUCUGUUUGGCUCGAUGAAUCGAAUCAACAAAUAUCCAUGCUGCUUCGACGAGAUAUUUUAUUCGCUUUCCAAGAUUUUGCUUCAACACUGGCGGUAACUUGUAACUUCAGUACGAAAGUUGUAACUAAUCCUAUACAGUUUAAUAAACCCGUAUACGGUCCAUACGUACCAAAUUUUACCGAUUUUGCUGCUCCAGGGGUCAUACUCACGAUUAUAUUUUUCUUAGCCGUAGCUUUGACGUCUGGUGCUAUGUUGAUUGAAAGAAAUGAAGGCAUAUUAGAAAGAAGUUUAGUUUCGGGUAUUACGGGGAUUGAAGUACUUUUAGGACACGUAGUGUGUCAACUUUUAAUUAUGGUGUUCCAAUCACUGAUGGUCAUUGCAUUCGCAUUAGUUAUUUUCGAUAUAACCAACGAAGGAGAUGUGUUUUGGAUAUGCUUAUUAACAAUAUUGACUGGAUUGUGUGGCAUGUGUUUUGGGUUUGUAGUUUCUUGUGUAACUGACAGUGAGAGGAAUGCGACAUAUUUGGCUAUGGGCAGUUUUCUACCUAUUGUCAUGCUUUGUGGUAUAAUAUGGCCAGUGGAAGGAAUGCACGCGGUGACAAAAUCAAUAAGUUAUAUUUUACCACUGACGCAGUCUACGGAGUCAAUGAGAUCGAUGUUGGCAAGAGGUUGGCCAAUCACCGAACCUUCUGUUUACAUUGGUUUUUGUUCCACAUUAAUAUGGAUUUCUAUAUUCCUCACAUCUAGUGUGCUGUUGAUUAAAUUUAAAAAAGGAUAGUUUAUAUAAAGUUCAUAUUUUUUUAUUGCAAAAAAUGGUCUACAAACAAAUUGUUAGGAAACAAUAGUUUUUAAUAGCAUAUCAUAAUAUUAAGUUCCUUAUAUUAUGCUUGAAUUAUAUAAAUCAUUAUGUAAUGACUAUGACUCUGGGACAGCGGUAUAUACCUAUAAAAUAGUUUCUUUUUCUUUUAAUACUCUAUUUAUCUAUAUUAAAAU